CCAUUCAGAAAUGACACAACUCCGGAAAUAGUAAAAGUGAACACUAUCGGUUUCCGGUUAAAUUUUAUUUUGAAUUUUGAAAAGCCUGAACGACGAGUAGGCAGAUUAGGGCUUACUAUAAGUCAUGUCCACGCUGUUCCCCUCUCUUUUCCCUCGGAUCACUGAGUCCUUAUGGUUCAACCUUGACCGACCCUGCGUGGACGAGACCGAGCUGCACCAGCAAGAGCAGCAGCACCAAACCUGGCUGCAGAGCAUUGCUGAGAAAGACAACAACCUGAUGCCCAUUGGGAAACCUAUAUUCGAUGUUUCGGCAGGAUAUGAUGAAGAAGAAGAGGAGGACGAUGAGGACGAAGAGGACAGCGAAGAAGACUCUGAAGACGAAGAAGACAUGCAAGACAUGGAUGAGAUGAAUGACUACAAUGAGUCACCUGAUGAUGGCGAAAUAAACGAGGUGGACAUGGAGGGACCAGACCAAGACCAAGACCAGUGGAUGAUAUAAGACAAAAGACUAUGUUAGUCUCCAUUAUGCUGUCUGGCAAAGGAUUGCUGCCCCCACACUUAUACCUUGAAAGCUACCCCUUCAGACUUGGAUGUAGAUAUUUUUUUUUUAUCUGUGUGAACAGGACAAGUGAAACGUAGAAUCAAAGUGUGUAACAUGUCACCUUCGUGGGUGGUGGCCAUGAAGGCUAUGAACAUUGUUGGACUUGGUUGUGACACAAUCACAUUGUUACAAAGUGAGGGCAGUUAAAACUGUAGCACAGGCAGAUGUUCAGGCACCUGAGCAGUGAGCACAUGUCCUGCUGUUUGGUUUCUCUUAGUGUGAAUGCUCUAUGAUGGGCACACACACUUACACAUAUAAGCUCCCACUUCAGCCAGUUGAACAAGUACACACACAGUGGCAGCAGUAGGCAUCAGCCUAUUCAGCCUUUUAAACUUUAACUUUGUCAUGUGCAACUUCUCAAGAGUUCCUCCGAACAGCUGACUGGGCACAGACAACAGUUCAGUCAGCUAAAAAAUGUGUUAUCUAUUUAGGAGACAUGUAGAAACUUCAUUAUAUUAUCCAAUCCAGUUCCACGUGUGUUUUACCCUGCACAUCUUUAGUUACAAACAUCUGGGUUUUUUUUUGUAAAGAUUGCAAUAUUAUGUUCACAAAAUGCUUUUUAAUAUGCUUUAAUUAUGCUUAAAGUAAAAGCCAUUACCACUGAAAAAUACUGAUUGAAAUGUGAAAACAACAGUAGAUAUCCAUCUUCUUCUCUCAUGUGUAAGACAAAGGUUUGCCCACCAAAGCUUUGAUUAUUUAUACUGAAAUAAACCCUUUUUUAAAAAAUGAAUGGAAGCUGACUGUGUGUGAGGUAACACAUACAAGGUGCUCUGUGGUUGGUGUAAAUUGUCUGGGGAAAAAAAGCCAACGACAGACACGCUCACCUCAGAGCAGUAGUGGAGGGAUGCCUGGAGCUGUUCACAAGCACUUGUGUAGGAAGGAACAUUUCAGCCUAGUGACUUUCAUCAGGUGCAUUGUGGCCGUGAGGAGGUAAGCUUGUCCGUUGUUAGCAUUUUUUCUUUUUCAUGAAUUUUGAUGGAGCUGUUUUUUCUGCUGUCUGUUCUCUUAAAAAUGAAACAGAAGUAACAUGCUAGAAAAUGAUGUGUGUUGGAUUAAGGUUGACUAGUUUUUCUAAAUCAAAGAACUUUAAAGUCCCGUACUGGCAGUACUUUGAAUUAUAAAUUAAUAAAAUCUUCAUAGUCAUAAUUUGUUAUUUAAAUCCGAUGAAGACACAAAGAAAGAACCCUUAUUUACAAUAGUGCAGAGGUUCGGACAACAACAGAGCAGGAACAAAUAAAAUCAAUCUUUGAGGUUGGCUGGUAAAAAAAAGUCCACAGUUCAUUUUAUGUAAUUCAAAAUUAAUACCAGGAAACAUUUGAACAUUUUACGGCUACGUAAAGCAGUUUUCAAUAUAAAACAUAUCAUUAAAAACUUUUAUUAAAAAACUGAA